UAAUCCAAAGUCGACUUACAUAUCCCUAGUCGCGGUUACGUGUGUUGAGCACAAUUAAUAUUUUUUCCGGUUCGAAUUCUAAACAUUGCUUAUCACAAAAAUGGCUGGACUUAUUAGACAAGUUUUUAGAAGCAAUUUCACACAACGCUUGCCUGCUGCCCUCGCACAAUCGCAUCGUUUCUUCUCGGCCGAGGGCAAUGCGCCUCAAACCUUUACCAAAGAAGUGCUCCAGAAACUGGUGAACACAAAUAAGGUUGUUGUUUUCAUGAAAGGAAACCCGGAGGCACCUCGUUGUGGAUUCAGCAAUGCAGUGGUACAAAUCUUGCGUAUGCAUGGUGUUCAAUAUGAUGCCCACGAUGUUUUGCAAAGCGACGAACUGAGAGAGAAAAUUAAGGAAUUCUCUGAAUGGCCCACCAUACCACAAGUUUUCAUCAACGGCGAAUUUGUGGGAGGUUGUGACAUUCUCCUGCAAAUGCAUCAAAGUGGAGAUCUAAUCGAAGAGUUGAAAAAAGUGGGAAUUGAAUCACUUCUUUUACAAGAAGCUAAUGAAACAGAUAACAAGAAAGAAGGGAAAUAAAUUUAUAUAUUUUAAUUAGUCUAUAAUCAAAUUUGUUCAUUCUUUAGUUUUUUAUUUUCUUUAAAAUAAAAUGUUGUUGGAAUAUUGA